AAGCAGGCGGUGCCGUUUUCUGCGGUCACUCUCCGUCGGCUUGCCGCUUGCUCUUGGUGGUUACAUGAGGUAGGGGGCAACAGCUGCAAGCUCAAGUAAAGUGUGCUCUGUAACCAUGCCACACAAUGUGAUUCUUAUUCUCUCACUCUCUGUGCCUGAUAAAGCACUACUAUUAAUCUAACGCUUUAACAGGUUCCAAUCCCUGCCUUUCUCUUGGCUUUACACUUUACCUUCACCUCCCAAUCACUCUCUCUCUCUCCAGCCUUGUAAUUUGAGAUCCGUACACAAAUCACCCAUAUACAUUGAGGUUAGCUGUUCAUGACGCCAAUGCUGGUGAUCAGAUUCUAUUCCCCUUCCUCCUAGCUAUCGCCACGGCUGCCUUGUGCUGUGCUGUUCAUAGCGACCAACACCGACACACCGACUGCUUCUUCCGUUCCAACCUUGCGCCGAGGCAACUCACCUUCCCCGUUUGGAGGCACAGAGAGCGGCGCGGCGGCUGUAGCAAUGCUGGGAGCCAGACCGAAAUCUGCGGCGGCGGAUGGCAAGAGCGGCAAGGGCACGCCACCGACGCCCAAGGGGAGCAGGGCGAGCAAGCCGGCCCCCGCCAAGCUGGCCAAUGGCACCCCGCCGCACGCGCCGCGCGGAGCCGACAAGUCCCCCGGGUCGGCAGAGAAGCCGCCGUCGGGCGACCGCCGCUCGCCCAAGGUCUUCACCCGGCUCAGCGCGCCCCCUGCCGAGAAGCAAGGCAGCGCCGUGAAGCAGUCUCAGGAGUUGCAGGCGCAGCUCGCCGCGGUGCAGGAGGAGCUCAAGAGUGCCAAGGAGCAGUUGAUGGAGAAGGAGAAGGAGAAGGGCAAGGUUCUUGAGGAGCUGGAGGAUGCCAAGCGGCUGGCCGACGAGGCCAACGCAAACCUCCGGGAUGCGCUGGCCGCGCGGAAGAGGGCGGAGGGGGCCUCUGAGACCGAGAUGUUCCGCGCGGUCGAACUGGAGCAGACGAGCAUCGAAUCAAUGCAGAGGAAGGAAGAGGAGCUGCAGAGAAAGCUGGAGAGCAUGCGGCGGCAGCAGGAGUCGGACGCGGCUGCCCUGCGGUCGACGGUGGAACAGCUUGAGAAGGCGAGGUAUGAGCUGGCUGAUGCGAUCGAUGCUAAGAAUUUGGCGCUCAACCAGGUGGACGUUGCGACCAGGCUCAGCGAAGUAAACGCUCAUAAAGUGGAGAGUCUCAACGCAGAGGUUGCUCAACUGAAGGAAUCGUUUGGCAUUGAGCUGAGGAGCAAAGAAAAAGAAAGCGCUGAGCAAAUCAGGGGGCUCGAGGGGGAGGCCUCCGCACUGAAGAUCGAACUCCAAAAAGCCAAGUUUGCUGAAGAGAAGGUAGCUGAAAUGGGAGGUGUGAUUGAAGGGCUUAGAAUUGACAUCGCCAAUGCUAUGAAGGCCAGAACAGAGGCAGAGGAGCUAGCUGAUGAAUGGAAGCAAAAGGUUGAAUUACUGGAAAUCAAGUUGGAGGAAGCCAACCAGUCUUACAUGUUGAAGGUUGAGUCCUUAAAUUCAGUAAUGAAAGAAUUGGAUGUGGCCAGCGCUUUGCUUGCAGAGAAAGAAUCUGAACUUUCUGACCUUCAGAGCAAGUUGCAGUCCUUGGAAGAUGAGGUAGCUAGGCAGAAUGAAGAUAUCAAUGCCUCAAAUGAGCGUCUUGAUGUUGCAGAGAAAGAAGCAUUUGACUUGAGGGCAGAGAUCAAGGAGCUUCAGUCGAAGCUCCAAACACUGGAAGAAGAGAAGAUGGAUGCUAUUAACAAUGAGAACCAUGCAAGUUCACAAAUGGAGUCCAUAUGUGAAGCGAAGGAGAAGCUGGCUAAGGAACUAGAAGUUAGCAAAGAUGAAUAUGAGAAAGUUAAGAAGGCUAUGGAAGAUCUAGCCUCAGCAUUGCAUGAGAUGUCCGGUGAAGCAAGAGAGGCACGGGAGCGGUACCUCAACAAACAAGAAGAGAUUGAGCGUGCCAGGUCACAGAUAGAGGAGCUCAACAUGAAUCUCAAGAACACCCAGGAGAACUACGAGGUGAUGCUUGAUGAAGCGAACUAUGAGAGAGUCUGCUUGAAGAAGACGGUGGAACGAAUGGAAGCGGAAGCGAAGAAUACAUCUGAGGAGUGGCAAUCCAAAGAGGUUAGCUUUGUGAGCUCCAUCAAAAAGUCAGAGGAAGAAAUUAGUGCAAUGGGAGUUGAGAUGGAUAAGGCAGCAGAGGUGGCGAGAGGCUGGGAAACUAGAAAUGCUGAACUGGAGGAGAAGCUGAAGGAACUGGAAGCUCAGGUGGAGGAAGCUAACAGAGCCAAGGAUGAAGCAAGAGCUGAAGCAUUGGGCUGGAAAGAAAAGCUGUUAGAUAAAGAGAAUGAACUGCAGAACAUAAAACAGGAGAACAAUGAUCUGCAGGUCAAAGAAUCGACAGCUUCAGAGAAACUCAAGGAGCUAUCUUCCAUGCUUGGGAAUGCAAAAGAUAGAGUGCUGAAUGGCACAGGUCCGAAAGGUGAGAAUGGCAAGGGAAAUACCAAGGAAGAUGAACCUGUAGUGGUAGUUGCGAAGAUGUGGGAGAACAGCAAGGUCACCGACCACGACUUAUCUACCGAAAAGGAGAAAGAUGGUGAAUCAGAACUUGACUUGGAGUCCAACAAGGGAGACACUGCCUCUGAUGGCCACAGGUUGUCUAUAGACAAGAUGAACAACACAAAGCUGGCAAUCAAGCAGCAGCAACAAAAUAAGCCUUUGAUGAAGAAAUUUGGUGGUUUCCUGAAGAAGAAAAGCCAGCAUUAGAAACAGAUCAAACCAUCUCAGAAAAAGGAUUGAUGUGUGCCAUGGAUGACUAUUUUCUCUAGUUUCAUCUUUACUUUGGUCCUGCAGAGUUGGCAGUAAAUAGUGUAAGUUUGAGAAGAAACAGAAGGGUGAUGUAUUGACUUCCACUUUUCUGUUUAAUAUCUUGUAUUGUGUACGUUUGAGGAGCAUUCAUACUCUAGUUCGUGUAUUUCUUCGUCUGCUGGGGUAAUGUUAAUGUAAAGGAUAUGAGGUUUCAAUUCA